CAUAAACAGAGUACAGAUUCUCACUUGUUGCGUUGGAAAGUGGUUCGUGAUCGCCAUAACCAAGUUUAUUUUGUUAUCAAGUACAUCGCGAACUUUGCACAAACGUGGCCGACCUGCAGAUUUUACUGGAAAAACUUGUCUGGGCUCUUUCUUAUCUCAGUCGUAAAAAUAUCAAACGUAAACAGCAAGAAGAGACUGAUGAAAGUGCUAUGCCCUCCUGCAUGUCCGCAUGGUAGAAAGAUCUAAGUCAACUUCGAUCUUUAUCUGCAUUAAAACUCAGUGAAAAUUUCGUGAACCCGUUUUGAAAGCUGAAGUGGGAUAGAGCCAGUUCGUUUGGAACCAGGUCUUCCAUUUCCUAUUGUUGUAACAUUCCAUUUCACGGACCCAAGAAAAGCAGUGUUGGAUUUAGGCAUUUUCAGAUGAUGGGGAACUAGAGUAUUUACCUCCCAUUAUGAAGUCGGUGCGUGAUGUCAAUUUGUAAUAGGACUGAGGUUAUUUAAGAAAAAUGAUAGCUCUGUCGAAAAUGCUCAUCCUUACCGUAGAAAGGAUUACGAAGUGUGGCUAAAGGAGAAUGAUGAGUGCAACAAAGCUGAAAAAUACGCGAACAAUUUCGGACUCGAACGUUUUUAUUGCUUCCGUCACUAUGUAAACUUUUUACAAUGCUCUUGUGAACAUAAUAUCACGGCACAAGUUUGGUGUACUAACAUGUUAGCAAAGCAAUAGCGUUAUUCUACAGGGCAUAUUAUGGAAUAUCUUUAUCCCCAGGUCAAAUCAAUUUUCCUUUGUUCUGUACACGCGUGUCAAAAGAUUUUAAAAUCAUUUCUUGAGUCACGUUUUUUGCUCACAGCUCCAUAAAAAACUACGUUCGUUUUUCUGCUAAAUUUAGAUAAAAGUUGUUGAGAUGGAUUUUGAAAGCGCCUAACGGUUUUACGAGUUUUAAUUUCAAUCUCACUGUAACGCUUGUCUGGUUAAUGUUGUGGAAGUUUGGUAUUUGAGUUGCAGGUACUGAAGAAUUUCUUCCUUAUUCGAUUACGAUUACUGAAAUGCAGACCUUCAAAUGGUUAAAUCGAAUGAAUUGCUCUAAGUUCGCCAGCUUUCCGAGUAAAGCCUAUGUCCAUUUUCGCGAACUGAAUGAAUCUUUGAAUGGCUAUGAAAAUCGGAGACUUGUGGUAAUACAUGAUUAAAAGACACUGUACGCGUUCGAUUUUAUUACAUGUUUGUCAAAAGACAAUUUUUUUUAAGCAGAUGAUAAGAUUGAGUACACAAAGAUAGAAAUACAAAGCAACAGGGGUACUGAAUACAGUUUAUCUUAGACUUCAAACUGGUUAUUCACCCAGAAAGAAGAAAAAAAAAAUGUGGAUUGAGGCUGUAGAUGAAUUAAUGAUUGCAUUUUUUUACAACGACACUGAAAGAAAAGCAGUUGAGAUACAAAUAAGCUUUUCACGGGGUGCAGUACUCGUCAGCGCAAAAUGUUUUCUCCAAAGUCUUCUAUUUUCUGAUCAAAAAACGAGUGCAGCAGGCAAUAUUGAUUCCCUGACAAAAAUAAAUGGAAAAAUCUGCCAUAUUCUAAACUUUUCCAUUCCUGUUUACGGUGUUUUUUAAUUUUGGUCAUUGUUCUACUUUUGGUACCUGUGUAAAUCAGCUUGUGGCGACGGAUAUUUUCGCCUUUAUUCAUUGUCAAAAAGCCUGUUAUUCUCUUUAUAAUGAACGAGCAAUUAAUAAGUCGCUCUUGUCUAAAUUACAAGUAAAGGCUAAAAAAUUUCUCCGCCCUAAAGCUCUCAAAUAUUAAUUCUAGAGUGAGGGGGAAAAAUGUUUGAUUGAAUACCAGAUGUAAUUUCAUCCGGAAAAGCAGGGUUUACAAAAAUAAAAUAUGGAAAAAUUGUUUGCAGAAUUUCAAUCCCGGGUGUGUGAUAAAUUAGCGAUGGCUAAUUACAAGUUUUUUUGCUGCAAUUGAAACUGUUUUCCGUAGAAAUAAAAGAGAAGCCAUUAGCGAUAUAAAACAAAACUUGAUAGUAAUUGCCUUUAAGAAUUUGCAUGCAAACUACGGACAGCUGGCCAAUUAGUGUCUAUUCUCUCAUCUUCAGAGAUUAAUCCUACGAGUGCUGAUUUUUUCGAUUUUAAAAAACCGCACUUAAGACGUCUCUUUAAAAGUCUUGCUAAGCCAUGUAGAAAUCCUGAUUUUUCCCCCUUUUCUUAUCAUUUUAAUUAAUUUCUGAAAGUAAGAAACGGGGCCGAUAUAAAUGACAGGAAAAUAUGCUUGGUUAACCAUUCCAUUUUUCAAUUUGCUUAUCGCAUUCAAUAAUUGCUAUCAUUUCUUCUCCCUUCUCAUGGAUACCUGUUCUAUUUGGUCCAUCUUGGCCAAUAGAAAGAGUCGCGUCAUUAGAGGUAAUUACUGACCGAAACAACAGUGUUUUAGUUAGAUCGCCGCCAGAUAUCAUUAGCAAUGAACACUGUUGAUGACAUACCGGAAGACAAUGGUUUUACAAGAAAUCGCUGGUUGAAAACUUCUUGUCGACGUUAAUCUCGCUGUACGCGCGUCGAAAACAACUUUUAGUCGAGGGAAAAGAAAGACAAAUCUUGACACAAGCUGACAUCAUGGCCACGGAGAACACGGGCCUUGUGAAAACAGGACAAAAUACACAUCUUUGCAGCGGCUGCAAAAUGCCAAUUACAGAUCGCUACUUGUUGGAAGCUUUGGGACUUUACUGGCACGAAGGCUGUUUAAAGUGUAACUGCUGUGAAUGCAAACUCGGUGAUAUUGGAUCGACGCUUUACAAUAAAGCUAACCUCAUUCUCUGCAAGAGAGAUUAUUUAAGAUUGUUUGGUAUCCCAGGUGUGUGCGCUGCAUGUAACAAACCAAUAGCUGCGUUCGAAUUUGUGAUGAGGGCCGCGAAAAACGCAUAUCAUAUCGAGUGCUUUUCCUGUCAAAUUUGCAGACAGAGGUUCAGGGUUGGAGAAAACUUCCACUUUUACAACAACAAAGUUCUUUGCUGGGAUCACUACCGAAUGGAGAAAGAGGGAGAGAGCACAGUAGAAAAUGCGGCAUAAGAAACGUGAGUUGCAUGGGCCAAGAAGUUUCACUUGCUGCAAUCUGCCAUUACACAAUUUCUUGAAUGAUUUUUGUUGUAAAAGGAAAAAAGAUUCGGUGUACAUAGAAUAAGACUUAUAAAGAAUCCUUUUCCGGGAUAGAUAAACACUAAAGAGGUGAGAAUAUACUUUAAACAUGUUGAACAACAAUUGCAAUAACUUCAAAAAUUUAAGCUGAAUAACUGCGAAAAGGAAAAACAUGUAAUGUAGCGUCUUUAAUCUUACACUUAAAAAAAAAAAUAGUUUAAAUGCCUCGAUAGGCGUUCGUGAUGGCUUAAACCAGAAAGUUUUUAUUAGUUUACGAAGAAGUGUUAAACCACAAAAACUGUAUUUGCAGGUUUGAGUUGAAGAGGACAAUGCUGCGAAAAUGAGCUCAAAAUUGCGAGCUAAAACCCCGCUUUUGGGUUUUGUAGAGAUGGUUUAAGU